AUGACGUAUAGAUUCUGGCAUUGGCGAGCGAAUCGCCGGCGCAAGCGUGAUCCGCCGCAAGAAACAAGCCGAAAUCCGACUCCGUCCAAUCCUCCGUCAGACGCCAACACGGACCCUAGUCCGUUCGAGAGUCCCCCGAUCCCCUCUUUUCCAGACGGAGUGAAGGUCCUGCAUGACUGCCCCGACGCCGCAGUCGACAUCUGCUUUGUCCACGGUUUGACCGGGAACCGGGAGAGUACCUGGACCGCUCGUGGGCAGUCCGCGCCCUGGCCGAAGACCCUCCUCCCGUCGAAGCUCAGUGGAGCCCGCAUACUCACGUACGGCUACGACGCAUAUAUCGUGCGAAAGGCGGUUGCAGGAUCAAACCGGCUGAUUGACCACGCUACGAACCUUCUGAACGACUUGACGACAGACAGAGUCUGCUGCAAUGCGUCCUCUCGUCCCAUCAUAUUCGUCGUCCACAGCCUGGGUGGCCUUGUCUGCAAACAGGCUGUUCUGCUCUCGCGGAAUAAUCCAGAGACCCAUCUUCGGGGUAUAUUCGACUGCACCAUAGGCAUCGCCUUCAUAGGCACUCCUCAUAGAGGGGCCUGGAUGGCCGACUGGGGCAAGAUCUCGGCUUCGGCUCUUGGCCUUGUGAAGUCAGUCAACAAGUCGCUAUUCGAGAUCUUGCAGACAGACAACCAGGCCCUCGAGCUCAUUCAAGCCAACUUCUGGUCAAUGAUACGGGAACGGCAGAAAGCUGGCCAACCCCCAGAGGUCACAUGCUUCGUUGAGGAACUGCCUUUGCCUAGGGUCGGGAGAGUCGUCUCGAAGGAAUCCGCGACUCUUGAGGGCUACAAUUCCAUUACCAUCCACGCCAACCACAGGGACAUGGUCAGGUUUGCCUCUGCAGAGGAGAACGGAUUCAAGAGGCUGCUGGGAGAGCUGGUCCGAUGGGAACGGCAAGUCGGUAAGGACAACUAG